AGAGGUGGCGGGGCGCUGAGGCAGCCGCUGAGGGUCUUGUUGGCGGCCACGCAGGAUCAGUGUUCAAGAUAGCCUUGGCCUGGACCUCUCCACCCCAGCGCGGCUGCGGACCUAGAGUGAUUAUUACAAUGGAAGAAAUCAAUAAUUUCAAGACACCAAGCAAAUUAUCUGAAAAAAAGAAAUCUGCACUAUGUUCAACUCCAUGUAUAAAUAUUCCUGCCUCUCCAUUUAUGCAGAAGCUUGGCUUUGGUACUGGAGUAAAUGUCUACCUUAUGAAAAGAUCUCCAAGAGGUUUGUCUCAUUCUCCUUGGGCUGUGAAAAAGAUUAACCCUAGAUGUAAUGAUCAUUAUCAAAGUAUGUAUCAAAAGAGGCUAAUAGAUGAAGCUAAGAUUUUGAAAAACCUCCAUCAUCCAAACAUUGUAGGUUAUCGUGCUUUCACUGAAGCCAGUGACGGUAGUCUGUGUCUUGCUAUGGAAUAUGGAGGGGAAAAGUCUUUAAAUGACUUAAUAGAAGAACGAAAUAAAGACAGCCAAGAUCCUUUUCCAGCAGCCAUAAUUUUAAAAGUUGCUUUGAACAUGGCGAAAGGGUUAAAGUAUCUACACCAAGAAAAGAAACUGCUUCAUGGAGACAUAAAGUCCUCAAAUGUUGUAAUUAAAGGUGAUUUUGAAACAAUUAAAAUCUGUGAUGUAGGAGUCUCUCUACCACUGGAUGAAAAUAUGACUGUGACUGACCCCAAGGCCUGUUACAUUGGCACCGAGCCUUGGAAACCCAAGGAAGCUUUGGAAGAGAAUGGUAUUAUUACUGACAAGGCAGACAUAUUUGCCUUUGGCCUGACUCUGUGGGAAAUGAUGACUUUAUCUAUUCCACACAUUAAUCUUCCAGAUGAUGAUGAUGAUGAUGAAGAUAAAACUUUUGAUGAAAGUGACUUUGAUGAUGAAGCCUACUAUGCAGCUUUGGGGACGAGGCCACCCGUUAAUAUGGAAGAGCUGGAUGAAACGUACCAGAAAGUAAUUGAACUCUUCUCCGUAUGCACUAAUGAAGACCCUAAGGAUCGCCCUUCUGCCGCACACAUCGUGGAAGCUUUGGAAAUGGAUGUCCAGUGAUCACCUCAUAUUCAUGACUGCUGAGCUUUCCAGAUGGCUCAUGUGUAUAACUGUUCUGUUUACUGUAAUACAUUAUAUAGUUACUGUGAUAAUCCAUAGUUAUUAGACUUUUUGGAAGUGGCCUGUCUUAGGACCGUAGCACCUAGUUAACACUUGAACAGUUACAAUAUUUCUUAACAUGCUUAUGAUGAUAAGCAUUUGAGAUUGUAGUAGGUUUUCUAGAAAGUUUAAGAAACUAGCUACUCAAAUAUUUGGAUUUGUACAUACAUACAGAUUUAAAACACUAGCAGUAAUAAAAUGCUGUAAACUGUA